AUGUAUUGUAAGAGACUGCCAGGUCGACAGGAGAAAUUCAUACUCCUCAUCUUUUAUCUUCAUCUGUGGUACAGGCCUAUGGCUGAAGCAAUUCAUCCGGACUGCGCCAUCAUCUCCCAGCACCUGAGGGCUCGGGAGAUUUGUAGGCAGACGAGGAGGAGCGAGGCGCAAAACCAGACCGACCACAGCGGAUGUAAAACAGAGUGGGACGAGAUCAGAUGUUGGCUGAGAGCUGAAGUCGGGCAGGUGGUCAACGUAUCCUGUGCUGAAGUCUUUCAACAUUUUUCCAGCAAUCAAGGGUAUGUUUACAGGAACUGCACUGUUGACGGCUGGUCAGAAAUGUAUCCACCCUACCAGGAGGCCUGUGUUUUCAAUGAUGACAGCGAGUCUGAAUCUGAGACGAGUUACCUCUCGACGUUCAGACAGGUUUACACUGUAGGCUAUGCCACGUCGCUCAUCUCCCUCAUUACAGCCAUAGUGGUGUUCACAGCCUUCAGAAAAUUCCGUUGCACCAGAAAUUACAUCCACAUAAACCUGUUCUCCUCCUUCGUCCUGAGAGCCAGCGCUGUUUUUAUUAAAGACGCGGUGCUGUUUGCCGAUGAGACGCUGGAUCACUGCUCCAUGUCCACGACAGCGUGCAAGUCAGCUGUGGCUUUCUUCCAGUUUAGCAUCCUGGCCAAUUACUUCUGGUUGCUGGUCGAGGGCAUGUAUCUGCAGACCCUGCUCGCCCUGACCUUUGUCUCUCAGAGGAAAUAUUUCUGGUGGUACAUCCUGAUUGGAUGGGGGCUCCCGUCAACUGUCCUCAUACUUUGGGUGCUGACCAGAUUCUUCUAUGAUGACAGAGGUUGCUGGGAUGACACGGACAAUGUUGGUAUUUGGUGGAUUAUCAAAGGACCAAUAACAGCCUCGUUGCUGGUCAACAUAGUCAUCUUCAUCAAUGUGAUACGGAUUCUGGUUCAAAAGCUGAAAUCGUCGGCCAUGGCUGGCAACAGUGACACUGGACAUUUUAUGAGGCUGGCUAAAUCCACCCUGUUCCUCAUUCCUCUGUUUGGGAUGCACUACACUGUAUUUGCCUUCCUGCCUGAGAACACUGGUGUAGCAGCCAGACUCUACAUUGAGCUUGGACUGGGCUCCUUUCAGGGGUUUGUGGUGGCACUGCUUUACUGUUUCAUGAAUGGAGAGGUCCAAACAGAGCUGCGAAGGUGGCUGUGGAAGUGUCACAAUCAAAACCAUCUCACCCCAGCCAAGAGAAGUAUCACUCAGAUCACAAUCCGAGCCCGUGGGGGUCUUGGGCGGCCUCCUUCGAGCGGAAACAUCUCCUCAGUAUGA